UCAAGAGGGCCAGAAGAGAUAUCACUCUGUCCUCUCCCCUCACUUGACCCUAUAGCAACAACCUCUAUCACAAUGUCCUCUGCAGCGAUUGCUUUGCCUUCGGCGGCUCCGGCCAAAUCUCCCAAGAAGAGAGCCAAGUCUCAGAAGAAGAAGACGGGUCCCUCAGUGUCAGACCUGAUACUGAAGGCCGCGUCCGCGUCCGCAGAGCGCGGCGGCGUGUCCCUGGCAGCCCUGAAGAAGGCUUUAAAGGCCGGAGGAUACGACGUGGUGAAGAACAGAGCCAGAAUCCUCAUCGCCAUCAGGCGCUUGGUGGCCAAGAAAACUCUGGUCCAAAUCAAGGGCACCGGGGCCGCGGGCUCCUUCAAGCUGAACAAGAAGCCCCCCACACCUCGAAAGAAGAAGGUCGUGAAAAAGAAGCCCAAAGCGAAGAAGGUCAAGAGGACCAGGGCCAAGAAAGCAGCUGCAGGUGCCACUCCAGCGGCCAAGAAGUCACCUAAGAAGAAGAAGAAGGCAAAAAGUCCAAAGAAAGCAAAAAGGCCCGCUGCGGCCAAGAAGCCCAAGAAGCCAAAGAGUCCCAAGAAGGUGAAACGCAAGGUCGCCAAGAGGUCCACCAGGUCCAAAGCUGCUGUCAAGAAGUGACACCUCUCAUAAUGAACACUAAAUGCUGACCAAACGCCUCUCUGGUGGCGUUUACGUUUAUGUGUGGACUAAACUUCUGCAUUCAUUCCAAAAACUUGAGUUUGCUUGCUAUUUUACAGUUUUUCUACAGUAGAAAAUACUGAACCUGCUGUUUUUACACAUUACUUCUUUGAAUCUGCUGUGGUCUGUAAAGACUUGAAUUGCAAUUGUUAUAAUAUUAAACGUACUUUGAUUCACA